GAAUUUUGUCUUUAUCUUUUAAUUGUUGUAUUUAACAAUAAGCUAGAUAAAGAGAUAAAAGGAUAACGGAAUCUUCAAGCUGCUGAAAUUCAACUAUUCUAAGUGAUAAAAAACAAACAUAAUUAGUGAUUUUUGGAAAUAAAGAUUAAAAUAAAAAAUGGUUUCAGCAAUACUACGUUAAUUAAAGCAAUGAUGGGAAGCAUAACUCCAGACCUAGUAGAAUGGAUCGUCAGUGAUGACAAGGUUGUCGGGCAUUGGAGAAAUAUUGCAAGAAGACUUGGAUUUUCUAGGUCUAUUCCAGACCUUGAGAUAGGACGGAAACAUCAUAGAACAUCAUUUAAUAGGAAUAGGGGAGAACGCCAUAAACUUCAGGCACUUUUUCGACUUUGGGAGCAUCAGCGACCUGAUUUAUACACAAUUAAAGAACUGAAGAAUGUUUUGGCUGCCGAAGGGCUUCAUGAUAUGUGGAUGUGGGUUAAUAUGAUGACUCAAACCUCCAUACUCAAAGAACAGGUUUCCGAUGUAAUCUACAGAAAUAUAUCCUCCCCUCCCUCUACACCUAGUAGGAGUACAUAUAGCCCUAAUAGUUUACACCUCUACUCUCCACAAGUAACCCCUGGUCCCCUCUACUCUCCCUGGACCCCCUCCCCUCAACCUGGUGCCCCUGUGACCUCCCGGUCUACACCCAGACCCACCAACUCACCUCUGACCGCCAGGGAGGGAUUAGGGGGUCAGAUAACCUCCUUGAGGUCCACAACGUCAACUAGUUCACCAUAUUCAAACUUUUUCCAGAGGAUGGAUUCCCCGGAUGAAUCUACGACCUCGAGUAUCUACAUCUCUAGCCUAGAUUCAUCGAGGCCGAACUCACAAAUGAGUGAUUACUACAGCAUUGGUGACUAUAUGAGCCCAGGGAGUAAAAAGGGAAGAUCUUGUCCAAACACUCCUCUACUCUCCAGACGAUCAUGUUCUCCAUCUUUUACAUCUCCUGGUUGGAUCAGACCUUCUCCAACCUCAGGAUGGAUACGUUCAUACCCCAGGUCUAAAGCAGAGAGGUGUGAGAACUCUGAUAAGAAAAACAUAUAUAACCUUCUAUACAGGCCGGACCUUAUCAAACUAAGCUCUCCUAUGCAACGCUUUUCAAGAAAUGGCGGAGCUUUUACUGAUAAGAGUGAAUAUGAAACGGAUGAUGACAAGUCUGUAAGUCCAAAAAUGUACGUGAGUCAUAAAACUUUGUUGGUUGAACAAAAUAAUGCCGAGUCCCAUGUUUCCAAUGAAAAAGAACCUUCACAUGAAAAUCUGGGAAACAAUAUGGCGGAAACCGGGAAAGCGCGGGAAAAUGCGCAAACCAACAAAAAUGCCGCAGGCAAGGAAACUGCAAACCAACAUCACAGCUUGAAAUACCAGACAUCAGACACCAAUUAUCAACAGCAAUACAACAUAUCUCAAACAACAGCCAGAAAGAAUACGUCCCAGAAAUACGAAAACAGCAUCACAUUUAAUAUUGAACGACGAAAGAAAGUAGAACUUCCAAGCGUUGAUAUCACAGAGAGUCCGAGAAAACAUGGAGAAAGCAGCUACAGUGAUUAUUUUGAUAAGCUCAUUGCUCUUAUAGACGAAGCUGCUAAAGAAUUAUCUUUAUGAAAUAUAUAUUGUUAUAUUACAAACUU